AUGACCACAAAGCCAUUCACUCUCCGCUGGGGCAUCAUCGGCACCGGCGGCAUCUCGACGCGAUUCUCAAAGGACCUCCUCGUCGACCCGUCCACCCGCGGCGUGUACGACGUGGCGCACAAGAUUGCCGCCGUCGGCUCGCGCAGUGUCGCCUCGGCUCAAAAGUUCCUCGACACCAUCGCGGCGUCCGACAUUGCGCCGUUCAACUGGGGCCCAGCACACGGUGUGCUCGACGGCGCCAAGGCCCACGGCUCGUACGAGGAGGUGUACAAUGACCCGAACGUUGACGCCGUCUAUGUCGGCACGCCGCACGUCUACCACCACGCCAACGCCAAGGCCGCGCUCCUGGCCGGCAAGAAUGUGCUCUGCGAGAAGCCGUUCACGCUCGACGUGGCCGAGCUGGAUGAGCUCAUCGCCAUUGCCAAGGAGAAGAAUCUCUUCCUCAUGGAAGCCGUUUGGACCCGCUUCCACCCCAUCGCGUUCGCAGUGCAGGACGUCCUCAAGUCUGGCAAGCUCGGCAAGCCGGUGCGCAUGAGCGCUGAUUUCUCCAUGAACUUUGAGCCUGACACUCGCCCCGACAGCAACCGCAUGAUCGACCCCAAGCUCGCCGGCGGGUCCCUCCUCGACCAAGGACCCUACCCCGCCCUGUGGGCGAUGCUGGCGUUCCACCACCACCCAGACAACAAGGACGCCGACCCCAAGGUCGUGGCGUCGUACCAGCGCAUCUAUGAGCGCUCGGGUGUUGACGCGGCGAGCCACUGGAUCGUGGAAUGGAAGGGGCUCGGCCAGGCGCACUGCGUCACGGACAUGGCCGCGAGCGGGUACAAUGACGCGUCGGUGGUCAUCACCUGCCGGCAGGGUGAUCUCGUGCUGAACUUCCCUCCAUGGAAGCCGACCAAGCUCUCCAUCGUGCCCCACGGCAUCUACGAGCCCGGCACUAUCCAGGAGCGCUCAGUGCAGGAGUUCACCGUGCACCCCGGCGACGGCAUGCACUACGAGGCUGACGAGGUGGCGCGCUGCAUUUCCAAGGGGCUCAAGGAGAGCCCGCGGGUGCCGCUGGCGGAGAGCCGGAUCACGCAGGGCUGGCUCGACGCCGUCCGUCGCGCGGGCGGCUCGGUGUUGAAGGAUACGGUGGGUACCGCUGGCAAGUAG